AUGGUCAACCUACUUGACAGAGUCGAGCUAGACGGCGCCUUUGGAACUGUCAAGUACAUUGGAAGGUUGCCAGUGUGGGGAGACGACGUGGAGGCGUUUGGAAUCGAAUGGGACGACGCUUCAAGGGGCAAAAACGACGGAAAAGUCGGAAACAUACGGUACUUUUCAGUGGACCAGCCAGGCAGCGGUUCGUUUGUGAAAGCUGGGAACAGGAAGUUGAAGGUUGGUCAGGAGUUUGUGGAUGUGUUUUUGGAGACGUACACGGGGACAGAGAAUGCUCUGGUUUUGCAGAAACAGAUCGUUUUUGGGUCAAAGAAGGUGGAGAGUUUGGGGUUUGAAGAGCUCAACAGACAACGCGCCGAGUUGGCUCUUUUGGAGAGUGUGAUGGUCGAUAAGAAGGCGAUUGGGCGUUGUGGAAGCAUUGAGAGGCUUCCUGUGUUGCUGAAUGUGAAGUAUCUUGACUUGAGUUACAAUUUGUUGGUGGAUAUGGCUGAGGUGGAGAAGAUGGUGGAGAGGAUGCCAUUGCUUAGGGUGCUUAACGUGAAUGGGAAUGUUUUGAGGAGGUUUGGGGAAGUGACGUUUGGGCUGGUAGAAACGGUGCAUGCUGCUUCGUGUGGGUUGGAAGAGGAACGCUUGGGGGAGCUUUUGAGCUGUUUUCCUGGCUUACAAAGGCUAUGUGUUGCUGGAAAUCGCUUGGGGAGUUUACUGGGCGUUCAGGUACCUCCAGGCUUGGAUCUGCUUGAUUUGUCGUUUAAUAGGCUUGAGAAAGUACCAGAAAUUCACUCCAGAGAGCUUAUACUUGCCAAUAACCAGAUCAGUACGUUGUCUGGGGGAAAGAUGCACACAGAGGUUUUGGAUCUACGAGAAAACCCGGUUGGUAGUUGGAAAGAUGUGGAUUUUAUUGGAGAAAAGUUUCCAGUGCUUAUGGAGCUUAGAAUCGACGGGUGUGCUGUUUUUGAUGGUUUAUCAGUGGACGAAAUGACGACUCAGCUAAUUGGACGGCUCCCGUGCCUGGUACCAGGCGAACCGGGUAUACUGAAAAUCAACGGCAGCACUCUUCUGGCGGAUGAGAUACGAAGCGCUGAACUAUAUGUGAUUUCCAAGGUCCAGAAAGGUGAAAUAAGUAUUCAUACUACUAGGUGGAGACAGCUCCAGAGGAAGUACAACGUUGGCGAGGUCAGCGAGACCAAAAACCUCCCUACAAACGAAAACCGGAUGGUUCUCACCAUCAAAACGUCCAAUGGCGUCUCCUUGUUAUCCAGAACGUUCCUUCCCUCCAACACUGUCCUACGGCUUAAAGGCAUCAUUACAAAACACACAAGUGUGCCAGUGCACCGGUUCAAUCUUUACUAUUAUCCUAACGGCAUUCGUCUUCCUGAAGAUGACGUCUCCAAAACGUACUUGGACGACGACGUGGCCACGUUGGCCAGCGCUGGACUCGAGAACCAGAACCACGUCUUUUAUGAACCGUAUCCGUAA